UUCACUGGUACAACCUUCGAUCCCCAACAAGCCCAAUUUUCCAUCCAAAGAAGCAAGAGAUCUCUUUCCCUUUCUCUCUCUAAAUCUUCCGAACUCCAACUCUCUCUCUCUCUACAAUGGCACCUACCAAAUCACUCCGUUUCUCAACAAUAUGUCUCGUCCUUUUAACCAUUCAAUCAUCGUCCAUGGCUCUCAACUCCACGCCACACCGCAAUUAUCGCUAUCCCGAAGCCAUCUCUGAUUUGAAGGACGUGAUUGUCAAGGGAUUAGGGUUUCAAACGGAAGAUUUGGUGAUAUCUGGGUUUGAUUUCAGAGAUGCAUUGGUGGGGCAAUCUGCGGCGUAUGAAUUCGAAGUUCAAUUUGAUAAUAAAGUUCUCCCUGUUAAGCUUUUGGAGGAUGUGAACCGAUGGGAGUUCGUGGAUUUGCCAAUAUUUCGAGUGGAGGACUCGAGCAAGGAGAAUGCUUUAGUGGAGAAGCAUAAAUUGGAAAAGGGUUUGCCGGUUUUGGCUCCUUUUCAGUUGGCGGGUCCGAUGGAACUCUGGAUUCAGGAUGCAAAGGACAUGAGGCUUUCGUUGCCGCAUGAUGUGGAUGCCGGUGUACUGAAGAAAGUAAUCUUAGCAGAUGGAGCUGUUGUUACCGUCAAGGGUGCCAGAUCAGUUAGCCUGCGGCACCCAAUUGAGUUUCCACUUCCCUUAAACCAAACCCACAAUGAUUUUGCAUCAGGUCUACUAAAUCUGGCUGAUAGUCUCCGGCAUUCUUCCCGCACUCAACAAGCCCCUCUCGUCUCCCUCCGCAUUGUUGGCCCUACCUCCCUUGCAUCCCCUUCCUCAUCACGCUCUUCUGAUAACAAACUCAAGCUUAAGCGCCUUGCUCCAGGCCUUGUGGAGCUGUCUUCACCGUCAAAAACCAAAGCUAUUGAAGCAGCUUCUGCCAUUGAUCUCCAAGGAGAAACCUCUGCCCUUCUAACUCCAGAUCAACUCACCACACUAUGGCCUCUUCCUUCAAUCAAUGGCUCAAAUUCUAACUUACUUGGUUUUGAGAAGCUGCUAUCUUCUGUGCUAGGUUCAAAAGCUAAUAAGGAAGGUUCUUUCAAAUUGUUGAAAGCGGAUGUAUCCGCUCAGACGUUUGUGAAGAUAAGUUUUGCAUUGGAGAAGAAAUUGAACCAAAGUACUGGGUCUGAUUUGGAGGGUUUUCCAGCGUGGAGGACGAAGCCUGAGGCCGUGAGGAUGAACUUUGAGAUCUUGGCUAAGGUUGACGGAGACAAAGUUGUGCCAGAAAAAGUGAUGCAGGUUAAUCCUGUUGUUGUGGAGGAUACUGUGGCACCAAAUGUGCUCAUGGGGAACAAGACCAUGUCAAAGACUCCUAUUGUUCACCCUCCACCCAACUACUUCACCUUGUAAUUUGUUGGAGGGCCUAAUUUUGUCCCAAGUUGAGAAAUGUGUAAAUAUCAUUUUUUUUCCCCCUUUUUUGUUUGUUUUAUAGAAAUCAGAAGAUGAAAGAAGCAGAAGUUGUAUGAAAAAAAAAAAAAAGUGAACGAAUUUAUAGAAAUCUAUUUUAAAGCCUA